AAUGAUUUAAGAUUCUAUAUUUGCUGAAUCCUUUUGGAAUCCAGUUUAAGAUAAAUGGGUAAUGAAUUCAGAUGAUGAAGAAGUAAAUUAUUUUGAUUAAUUUGAAGGAAUAAACAUUUGAGCUUUACUCUGAUAACAAUCUAUAUAAAUUUAAAGUGAUCUCAGGUCAAUUAUAUGCCAAUAGUUAAUAUAUAAAUUUAGUGGAAACAUAUGUUAAUUUAGAUGAGAGAGGAGUGACUCUUCAAAAUAAAUUUGGUUAAAUAAAUAUCAACGGGCCUAAUUUAUAGUAGUUUUACUAAAUGAUUAACUAAAAAUGCAUACACUUGGAUAUUCAAUAGUAUUAUGAAAUUGAGAAAGUGUUGUUCUAAUUGGAAAAAUUCUCAGUAAUAUUUUGUUAUAAUGAAAUAGAUAUUGUAAGCUCGAGAUAAAAUGAGUGGGAUGAUUAAAUCAAUAAAAAAGUAUUCAAAAUCUGAAGGAAAAUAAUAUUUAAAAUGGAUAAUUAGGAACUAAAAAUAUGAAUAUAUAUAUGAAGAUGAACAAUAUGUCUAUAUUGUUAUUUCAUAUUUAAAUGGAAAACCUAUUGAAGAGUUAUCCUUUGAAUUAUAGUAUUUUGGUUUAUUAAAAAUGUUGUACAAAUACCAUAAUGAAGGAUUCAUUCUAAAUCAAUUUAAAGUAAAAAUCUUAUUUAUAUUAUUAUAGAUUUCAAAUAUCAUUCUGUUAGAUGAUAAUUGCAAUAUGGAAAUCUUAGAUAAUAGUAUGAUUGAAAGAAUGACGUAUGAAUAUUCUAAAGAAAUAUUUUAAGAUGUUCAAUUAAUUAAGGCUUACUUAAUUACAAAGUAUGUUAAUUAAUUAUAUAUAAUAGAUUCCCUGAUUAAAAAGAGAUUAUAUAAGAAAUGAUUAAUAAUAAUGUUUAAUCUGUUUAAGAACUCUUGUUUAAUUAAAUAUUUAUCAAUUACUUUGGAGAAAGUGAAUUCUAUAGAUUACUCAAUUCAUAACCAUAUUAAAGAUAAAAUCAUUUAUCUUAAAAUUCUAAAUUAAAUUUAUUAGAAACAUUUAAUACAAUUAGAUCAAGUAUUAUGGAUUCAUCUGAUGAAUUUGAAGAAGUUCAAUUAAAUAAAUAAUUUUAUUUUUCAUCUUAACAAUUUGAUGAUUCUCCAAUGUUAUCUCCUAAUAUUAAACCAAAACAUCAAUCAAGAUUAUCAAGUAGAUAAGUAGUUUUAGAAACACUUCUAUAAGAAAAUAUCAUAACAUAAUAAUAAUUUUAAUAAUUCUAUAAAGAAGAGGAUUUUCAAAAUGAAUAAGAAAUCAAUGAAUUUAGUGAAAUGCUUACAAAAGAAAUAGAAAACUCAUCUCUAACUACUCCAAUCUAAAGUGAUGUAAUAUUAAAUAUUAAUUAUAAUAGUCUAAUACAACUUGUCCAAAUACUGUUAUUAUUCACAGUAAGAAAAAUGCAGCAAAUCGCAUUUGCGAUAUCCUACAUGAAGCUUAAUAAGAAUUAAUUUAAGCAGCUAAAAAACCAUAUAAUGUGAAUAAAGUGUAGAAUGUUAGGAAAAAUCUAUUUAAUUUACAUUGA